AAAAAACACAGAGACGAAGAAGAAACAGCGCAGACGACAGGACCAGGAAGAAGACUUGAGAAGCUUCAGUAAAGUUGAGCCAAGAUGGGGGCUUUAGCUAGCCUGUUUAAGUUCGGCAAGAAAGAAAUGAGGAUCCUGAUGGUAGGACUGGAUGCUGCUGGAAAGACCACCAUCCUGUACAAGCUCAAACUGGGAGAAAUUGUUACCACGAUCCCGACCAUUGGCUUUAAUGUUGAGACGGUUGAAUACAAGAACAUCAGUUUCACAGUGUGGGAUGUCGGUGGUCAGGACAAAAUCAGGCCACUCUGGAAGCACUACUUCCAAAACACACAAGGUCUUAUCUUCGUGGUGGAUAGUAAUGACAGGGAGCGAGCUAACGAGGCCAAGGAGGAGCUGAUGAGAAUGCUGGCCGAAGAUGAGCUGACGGAUGCUGUGCUGCUUGUGUUUGCCAACAAACAGGACCUGCCCAAUGCCAUGAAUGCAGCUGAGGUCACAGACAAGCUGGGCCUACACAGCCUGCGCCAUCGUAACUGGUACAUCCAGUCCACGUGUGCCACUAGUGGAGAUGGCCUCUACGAGGGUCUUGAUUGGCUUUCAGGCCAGCUAAAGAAAGGAAAAUGAUCAGUCAGUCCCCCUCCUGUCUUUCAUCUUUGUCUGCGGUGUGAUGGGAUCCUGUACUGGUCCUGUUCUCAUUCUCUCCUUUCCUCUCUUUCCUCUAAAGCGUUGGACCUUUGGUCAGUGCUCCCCUGCAUAUUUGUUCUGUAGGGGUGUGUAUUUCUGGAUGGGUGAAUGUGAGUGGAAGCCGCCAUGUUGUGCCCAGAACACAGUUAACUCUGUCAUUCCUCUCAGUGUCAGCACAUCCCAAAUCACUGGUCGUCACAAAGCAAAGAAGCACAGAGGAUGUUUUGUCCUGUGUAAUUCACAUUUUACUUCUGCUUGUGACAUUAAGGCCUAUUUGAUGACCGUUAUUUCACCCUGACAGUAUACCGCAGUGUAACCUGUGUUAUGUCUGAUGCAAUAAAAUAUAGUAUCAGUUCACAUUCUUUUAAAAAUAAUGAGUUUUGGUGGAUCAAAGUUUCUGAAGCUGCAGUGAACACUGGAUACGUAUUGAUUCUCUCUUAUAGUUUAAUAUUUCAGAUUUUUUUUGUUUGAAUCUGUCAGUCUGUACACUGCAAGUCUUGUUAAUGGUCAGAAUGUAAUCGGCAUCUGUGCCUGAAGAUAAGUGUCCUCAUUGGUUGAAUCAUUUCUUCAGUUUUUAAAUUCAAUUGAGUCCCUCCUCUAAAAGUUAUCCCUCUUAUGGCAAUAACCUGACAUUAAUUUUUACGUGUCCUUGUUUUUUUACAUGACUGGGUCUGGAACAAGCAAUAAAUGUCACAGCAAAUGUUUACAUAUAUGGAGGUGUGUUGAGUGUAGCUACUGGUGGAUGUGUGUAUCCUCGUGGUGCUGUGUGGGUUUCAGCUACAUCCAGUUACUGGAACAGAGAGGCCUUUUGUUUGUGUGGGAGUUUCUCCCACAAUGGAUUUUUAAUUUACUGGUAGUCUUAUUUUCUUUUGUAUGUCAUUCUUUGGGUCAGUUUUCUAUUUUAUUUUUUUGUUUUUAAUGUAACUGUUGAUGCACGCACGACCUGGUUUACUUUAGCAUGAGCUGACGUGUCAGGUGUGCAGUCUUUUGAGUAAAAUGCUCUCGGGACCAAUUGGUUUGAUUCAAAAAGGGCUCAUUGUGUUUGGCUCAAUUUUUGAUCUGCCUGCACAGGGUGAAGUCGCCCCCUCCUGUGUCUUUUAGAGGGGACUCACAUUGCGCUGUGAUUGACGGUACGGUUGAAUUGGAAGUGUUCGCCCUGGCCCACUUCAUGAAUCAGCACUGUAAAUGCUUCCUCAAUGCUUCAGGCUUUAUGGUGUUUUCCCAGCAUGUAGCAAGGGUGCUUCCCCUGGAGUUAUUUACAUUUUGUCCCUCUGAUGCCAUUUGCACAACCUCUUUACCUUGCACAACACUGGCCUAUGUAAAGACAGCGGUUCAUUCAUCAGCAUUUGCAAUGUACCCACAGACAAUAGCCCCUCUCAUUGCUCUGUGCCAGCAGACCAUAUGAAUGUUGCACCAGUUAACCCAGUAGCAGAAUAGUUUCCACACACAUCCACUGAUGCCAAAGGCUCCUGUUAUUACUAAGAAACCAAUCUUGAACUGUGCACACCCUUCACUGACAGAAGAUGACUUUAAGGUCAUAAUAUCACACUGACUUCUAAAGGAAAAUUAAUUUUCCCUUUGUUUUUCUACAACUGAACAUUUAGAUGUUUUUUUUCUGGGAAGUUUGGGUAACUGACUAUUUAUGUGGGUUUUCUUUGUCCUUACAUUGAGGUAUUUUUUAAGUAUCAGAGUUCAUAGCAUAAGUGGUCUGGUAUACAGCAAGAAAUACAAAUGUAUAUAAUGUUUUGUAAGAAAAUGUAUUUGAACUUGACAUCGUCCACCUACCCUUGUUCAGAUGGGAAGCUUUAAUUUUCAUGAUGGUUUCAGUACAAAUGACAAGGCAUGUGCAUAUGUAUGUCUUCAUUACCUUACGCUUUUUAUACUCAUUUUGUAACAUCUGAUAAAUGCACUAUAAUAAAGAGAUCUUAAUGGUA